AUGGGCAAGACGCGGGGCGUGCACGAGACCACCCCGGAACUGAGGAACCGGAUGGUGGGAAUGUACGAGGCGGGCCUGGGCCUUAGGGAGAUCGCCGCCGCCGUCAAUUGCUCGCAACGCACGGUGAAAAGAUGGCUAAACAGAUUCGACAAGGAAGGCACCGUGGAGACACGGGAGCGCUGUGGCCGCAAAAGGGCCACCACCGUGGAGCAGGAUGAGGCGAUUAUCCGUCUCGCCACUCAAACACCCAUAACAGCGGCCAAGGCGGUGCUUCCUGCACUGGGUCUCACCUGCUCGGUAGACACCGUGAGGGAGAGGCUGCACAAAGCCGGGAUCCACAACUGGAGCCCUUCACGCAAAUACAUGCAGAGGAUUCCGCUGGGCAGCGAUGCGGACGGCGCAGCGAUCCAGCAAGCGGUUUGGCGCCCGACCGGCACCCAGCUGGGCAAAAAGAAGACCCCGAAGGACUCGAACAAGCCGGAGAAGAACGGUGGCACGACUAAGAAAAAGAAUCCGCCGAAGAAAAUUCGAGCUCGAGAUCUGUACGUUGACGACGGCGCUCCGGCUGACAGUCUCAAGUCUAACCAAGUCGCUGAACAGCAGCAGCAGCAACAGCAACAACAGGGCUUCGUGUUUCCCCAGCAGAACCUCCCUCCACCUCCUCCCGCUCCUCAGGCUGAAAUGCAACCGCCCACGCAGCCUCUGCCCACGAGCCAGACGGAGUUCGGCAACGCGUUGAGCUUGGCGCAGCAACCACAACCUAUGUAUCAACAUCCGGGGUUAAAUAUCGUGCAGAACUGGCCGUUGGACCUGGUGCAAGGCAGCCAUCAUUAUCCACAGGGGCAACCGAAUCCGAUACCUCACGAGCAGCCGCCGCCGCAGCAGCAGCUGCAGGAGCUGCACACUCAGCAGGAGCAGCAGCAACAGCAGCAACAGCAUCAUGCACAGCAAGUGGUCCAGCAGCACGUGCAGGUGCAGUCGCGGCUGCAGAGUCAGCCGCAUCAGCAGAGCGCUCAGUCGCACCAUCACAGUCUCGAGCAACCGCGGCUGCAGCCGGUGGAGCAUCCGGUGCAGCAGCAGCAGCCGCACUUGCAGUCCGACGUACCUAGUCCGGAGGCGAACGCGGGAUCGGAGAGCUCCAACACUUGCAGCUCCAACGAGAACAGCCAAUCGUCCUGCGAGGCGCAGCAGCGGAGCAAGGUGUCGUCGAGGAAGAACAAGUCCGAGACGGAACGGCAGAAGAAGAAGAAGAAAGGCGGCAAGGUGAAGGGGACGCUGGAAACAAGCGUGGAGAUCAGGAAUCGCAUGAUCGGCAUGUCCGAGGCCGGAUUGUCGACCCUGUCCAUCGCGCUGGCGAUCGAUAGAUCGGAACGUACUGUUAAAAGAUGGCUAGAGCGUUGGCAUAAGGAAGGCAAUGUACAGACGAAGGAGCGGAAAGGCCGACGUCGAAUCACCACCAAGGAACAGGAUGAGGCGAUCGUCGCGAUGGCGACGCAGCAUCCUCUCACUGCGGCGAAAUACGUAGCGCCCGCGUUGGGCCUGAAGUGCAGCGUGGAUACGAUUAGAGAGAGGCUGCACAAGGCCGGGAUACACAGCUGGAAGUUGGGCAAGAAGCAAGGGGAAGGAAACGCCGUUCACACCGUUCACCUAUGGCAGCCGAGCGGAAAUCGGCCCAACAAGCCGAAGAUGCCCGGGGAGAAGAAGAAGAAGGGCGCUGGCGGCAAGAAGCGCGAUCAGACGACGAACGGCAGUCAGAAACAACGUCUCGCGCGGAAAAAGAAGAGCGAAAGCUCGAUAACGCUGAAGACGACUCCGCCUCCGGCGAACAUGCUGCCGGAGCAACCUGCGUUGUCGUUCCAUAAUCCUGGAACCAUGACGGUUUAUACUUCCGGGCCGAACAUAAUGCAACCGGUGCACAACAUCGGCGCACCGCAACCUACACUGCCCCAACCGCAAGCACCUCCGCCGCCACCGGUGCCGCAGCAGUCGAUGCAGCCGAUGGGCCCGAUGAUGCAGCAGAGGCCGGACUGCAGACUGGCGCCGACCAUAGCCCCGCCGGUGUCCGGCCCCGGCAACUCCGGCGUCGCAUAUCCAUCGUGCAUGGUCGGGAAUAGCGGCCACACCGGCCACAUGGAGCAGACGGACCCGUUGAACUACGAGCCGUACAUCUGGAGCUUCUAAGAAUGUCGUCGGGGCAGCGUAUCACGUUGCGUAAAGCGAAGCAAUUUUAUAUCACGAUUCCUCGUGUGAUCUAACUUACACGUAAAUGGCAAUAUUAGAAGAUAACUCUGUACAUGUGCAAAGAGAAACUCUCGAUGACUCUCUAACUAGUUAGGGUUUGAGAAACGUUUGUGCUAACUUCUAAUGACUUCUACGGUCACGCGAUGGCGCAGCAUUUAAUUGUGAUUUGCUGUAAUUGGUUAGACCACGGCAUGUAAAUAGAGAAUCGUAGAGUAGUGAAGACGUACAUCACGUUUAUUUUGCUAUGAUAUAUCGUCUCUUUGAAUGAUAUGGAGUCGUACUUUGGAAUCGUAUUGUAUAUUGAAAAUUGAUUUUUAUACGGCACGGUCGGAC